AGCUCUUAAAAAUGUUGAGUAUAGUAAAUUCCCAACACCUCUACUCUCACUUCUUCUCAAUUAUAAAUAAGAUUGACCGACCAAAUUUUUUUAAAAACCACAUACAAAUUGUACGUAAUUACCAAUAAAAAUAUUUACAAAGUUAUUGUAAAAUAAAAAUGGUUGUGAAAGUAUACGGACAGAUAACGGCAGCUUGUCCACAAAGAGUUUUGCUUUGUUUUCUGGAGAAAGGAAUUGAAUUCGAGAUUAUUCACGUCGAUCUUGAUACACUAGAGCAAAAAAAACCAGAACAUCUUCUUCGUCAGCCAUUUGGUCAAGUCCCGGCCAUAGAAGAUGGAGAUUUUAAGCUUUUUGAAUCACGAGCCAUUGCGAGAUACUACGCAACUAAGUACUCGGACCAAGGCACCAACCUUUUGGGCAAGUCACUAGAGCAUCGAGCCAUCGUGGACCAGUGGGCCGAUGUCGAGGUCCAUUACUUCAACGUUCUGGCACACCCCAUUGUGAUGAACCUAGUCAUCAAGCCCAAGUUAGGCGAAGAAUGUGACCUCAAUUUGGUCGAGGAGCUCAAAAAGAAGCUCGAGGUGGUCUUGGACGUGUACGAUAACCGGCUUUCUUCGAACCGGUUUUUGGGUGGUGAUGAAUUCACUAUGGCUGAUUUGACGCACAUGCCGGCAAUGCGGUAUUUGAUGAGUAUAACCGAUAUAAACCGGAUUGUUAAGGCUCGGGUGAAUAUGAACCGGUGGUGGGAAGAGAUUACGGCUAGACCGUCUUGGAAGAAGCUUAUGGAGAUGGCUGGUUUGUGAACUAGUUCCAAUUUGUGAUGAUCGGACCCAAAUAAACUUCAUAUUUAUGCUCUGUUUGUGCUUUUUAUGAAUUUAAUUCGUCAAUUGGAUGGUGUUUAGUAGCAUGAUUGGUUUAUCAUGCAUUACUAUACAAAUGCUGUAUGAAUAUUGUUUGGUUCUUUCGUGGUUGUGCUUAAAAUAUCAAAUAAAUGAACUAUCUCCUUGGGUCAAAGCCA